AUGGCAGAGCUUUCAGAGAUCCGAGUGGAGGCUGAACACAAUCAAUCCAACCACGUCCGUGUCUACGGUGCGCGUGGUAUCCCACCUCCAUCGACGAUGAAAGUGACGUUCACGGCACCUGGUGUUUAUCAGGCGGAAGCAACUUUCUACAUAAAUGGUCUCGAUAUCGCCGCCAAAGUUGCCAUGAUGAGAAAACAGCUAGACUAUGCUUUCAAGGACAAUAAUUUCAGCAAAUGGAGUGAGUAUCGAGCAAGCUAUCCGGGCUACCACAUGGGUCUUGAUUUCCGGACCAUGGAACCAAAAGCUUUCAUGGAAAUCUUUCCUUCUACCAUUUCGAUCGCGGCCGUCGAUCAGAGUCCAAUUGAGUAG